GUCGAUCACUGCUGACUGGUGACCCUGCUCAUUCAUUUGUCGGGAUCCCCUAGAAAAGACAAAAAGGACAGACAGCACAAAAAAGUGCGCUUCGAGAUCGAACCCUAACUAAUUGCCACGCUUACACAUCCGCUUACCAUGUCCACACCGUCGGAAACCGCUGCUUCGGCGGAGAAUUCAACCAACCCACCUGCACCUCAGACUGAGGGUCAGGAACCGACUCCGGCCCAGACCACCCAAGCUCAGGCCUCAUCGGAGCCUGCUACCAACGGUAAAGAUGUUGAACUUGAUCUGCCGACCUCCGCCGCCGACGGUCUCAUCCAAAAGCCUUUCCCCCGACCUCUCGAGACCUCGAAGCCCGAACCGCCCGCCGAGCUCAAUGAGAAGGAGAAAGCCAAAUACGAGGAAGUCCUGAAGACAGUCUCGGAGUGGACAACCGUUCCUACCACCUCGGCAAACAAUGCUCCCUCCGAGCCGAUCACCGACAACGAGCGCAUGUACUUGACUCGGGAGUGCCUGCUUCGAUACUUGCGGGCGACUAAGUGGAAUGCCCAGGAGGCCGCGGCUCGACUCCAACGAACCCUGACAUGGCGCCGCGAGUACGGUGUGGAGGGACUGACGCCAGAGUACAUCUCGAUCGAGAACGAGACGGGAAAGCAGGUCCUCCUUGGGUAUGACAUCCACGGGCGGCCGUGUCUCUAUCUUCUGCCGUCCAACCAGAACACGGAGAAGAGUGAUCGCCAAAUCCAGCAUCUGGUGUUCAUGCUGGAGCGACUGAUUGAUUUGAUGCCGCCUGACCAGGAGACUCUGGCAUUGAUCAUCAAUUACAGCGACACGAAAUCUGGACAAAAUGCCAGCAUCUCGCAGGCCAAACAGGCCCUUGGCUUCUUGCAGAACCAUUAUCCGGAGAGACUGGGUCGGGCCUUGGUCAUCAACAUGCCAUUCAUGAUCAUGGGAUUCUUCAAGCUUAUCACCCCGUUGAUCGACCCCAACACCCGACCCAAGCUCAAGUUCAACGAAGAUCUGCGACAGCAUGUGCCCCCAGGCCAGCUGAUGAAAUCCAUGGGAGGCGACGUCGAAUUCCGAUAUGAUCAUGCCCAGUACUGGCCUGCCUUCGUUCAAUUAACCGAGCAGCGGAGAGCUGCAUACAAAGAGCGGUGGGUUCAGGGCGGCAAGCGAGUCGGCGAAUAUGAGCACUACCUCAAGACCGGCACUAGCCCCAGCCUCGCCCAGAGCCAGUAACUGACGGGCUUUCGAUACGGCCCUAUAGAGCCGCGCUUGAUUUCCGGGUCAUUUCUUUCGAUUCGUUUAAUAUCUAGAGGUCAUAUUUUCAGCCUGCGUUAUACACCUGCCGUGACUUCUUUAGAAGAUGCAUUAUCGCUACUGUUGAUAUAUAUAUAUAUAUACAUUUCGGGUUUUAGAUCUUUGAUUAUUUGCUGGUUUCUAUUUGGUGCUUCUAGCCUGUUUAUUGUUGUUCCAUUGAAGAGGCAUGCAGAAAUCAUGUUUAUAGACUAGAUCGCUUUUCUCUACAAACAUCUUGUGUUAUACAUUUGGACAUUCUCAAUACAAUCUAUGC